UUCAAAUUUGUAUGCCUAUUGCUGUCAUGAUUUCGGUUGUGUCAUCAAAAUCCUUUUCAGUCCGUCUUCAAAACGGGAAGACCUAUCGUUCGGGCAUGGUGCAGCAACUGGUGGGAAAUGACUGGAAAUUCUUAUGUGGAGAUGCGUGCUGGACAAACAAAACUGCUAAUGUCACCUGUAACGAGCUAGGGUUCCAGGAGGGAAUAAGACCAAAUGUAAAUACAAUCAUGAAUGGUAAUCACACUCCUGCAAAAUACCAAUGUAAAGGUGACGAAAAACAUCUAAGAGAGUGUCAAUUCAUCAGCGAAUGUUUUCAAUGUCAACACGUGGCUGAAGUCGAAUGUCUAGGUGACGUACGUCUGAAUGAUAUUACCACCGACAAACACAGAGUUGAAACUUUACGGAAAAAUGCGGACGGUAAAUUUACAUGGGGAAGUCUUUGUAGUACAUGUUGGACGGGUAACAACACACAUGUAGUAUGUAAACAGUUUGGAUUCGGGUCUGGAACAACAGUUGAUGCUGGCUUGUCGAAUGGAACUAGAUGGAUGCAUGUCCAGUUUAAGUGCAUUGGCAACGAAAAACAUCUCUCUAAUUGCCAUACCCUCAAGGAGCACUGUGUUAACUGUAAACACGAUGCUGGAGUAAUGUGCUCUCAUAACGAACAAAGUUAUGACGAAAAAUGUGACAACAGUAGAAGUUGUAAGAAUGGGUUAGCUUGCCAGAAUUAUACAUGCAAAUGCAAAAACGAAUCCAGAUCAUUCUGGAAUGAUGACGAUUUGAAAUGCACUAGAAAACUGAAUUUCAACGAGACAUGUACGGGCAAGACAAGAUGUAUCCAUGGUCUGGUCUGCAAACAUACAGAAAGAAAUGUCUGUAGAUGUGAGGAUGAACUUCAGACUUUUUGGAACGUCGAGGAAAACAUGUGCACCCGAAGGUCAGGUCUCGACGAAGAGUGUAUAUUAAGCAUGAACAAUAGCUGCAAGGACACUUUGGUAUGCGCAGAAGGUGAAUUGGGUGUCGUGUGUCGAUACCAGAACGUUUCGAUGCCCACGACUGAGGACGGCAGAAAAAAAAGUAAUUUCAACGAGACAUGUACAGACAAUGCAAGCUGUGUCAAUGGUUUGGUCUGCAAAGAACAAGGCAUCUGUAAAUGUGAGAAUGAAUUAAUGACUUUUUGGAACGCAGAGGAUAAGAUGUGCACCCAAAGAUCAGGUCUCGGCGAAAGGUGCACACUAAAGAUGUACGAUAGCUGUAGAGAAUCUUUAGUCUGUUCAGAAGAUGCGUCGGGUGCCGUGUGUCGACACCAGAACGUGUCGGUAACGACAACUGGGGGCGGUAGAAAAAGUCCACCGCUUUGGCCGAUUUACGUCGGAGUGACCGCUGCUGUACUGAUGGUUUUACUGAUAAUAACAGCUUGUUGUUAUAAAAGAAAAAGGGGAAAUAAUCCAAAGAUUGGACAAAAACAAUCUUACAACAAACAGCAACAAAUCAGACUGAAUGAUUGUUAUAUCGAGGCCAUACUCGAUUGCGAUGUCAGUGUGAAUGGAAACCAAGACAACCAAUUGGAUGACACAAGGCGUUUGACCAAUGACAGAGAAGUGAUGUACAGUCUUGCGCAAUCUACUGCCAGUGCUCCUACGACUGAAUCAGUAACAAAAACGACCGAGACUGAUCACUAUGGUUACGGUAUACUUGGCGGGAAACGCACGGAAAAUGAUGAUGAGGGCAUGUACAGUCAUGCCAAACAAUGGUGUAACACAGGAGAAUAUGACACAUUUGUCCGCAAUGAAAGAGACACAGAUGUAAAUGAUAUAUAUGAUCGCACUCGAGAUUUUAUACAAGAAGGUCAAUAUGAUGAAUUUCAGAGAAAGAAAUAAUGUAAAAAACUUCAAUGGAAUCUACUGAAUAAAGGAUGUAUUAGACGAUGUACAUAUUCCUGACGACUAUUUCAUAAAACAUUAUAUCACCAUUUACGUGUUUAGUAAAAGAAUUUUUCUGUUUAGUAUCACAAUUUUUCUGUUUUAUAUCAUCAAUUUUGUAUUUUGUAUAUCAUUUUUUGUAUUUAGUAUCACCAUAUUUGUA